GAAUCGCUAAGCGCAUCACGUUUGUUUUGUCUGUUCACGUGAGUCAUUUUUGUUUCGUCCGUGAUAUCAUCGAGAGACUUUAGUUUCGCCUCUCUUUGCCACGAUGUUUUCUGUGUUUUGACAUGUCUAAUAGCUUAUUGUUUACUGCUCACGCACGCUCUGGCACUGUAAGAACUGAAUAUUAUACGAGUCCGCUAUUUGGGCAUUUGACGCUGCUGCCGUGCCUUUGACAAUUGAUUGCGAUGUAAUUGAAGGUAAAGACUGCAUACCAGAAUGGAUCGAUACCAAGCAGCCGAGAAAGAUGACCCUCCCAAGCGGCCCUCCCGUCUUACUUACCGAAAGGAAAGACUUAAAGGCGGCACGAAAAAGAGUCAAAGCCUUCCUGUUAUAAAAACACCUCUCGAAGAGCUCCGUCUGGUACACAACAACUCUGUUACAGCUUCACUAGCGCAUGGCAGCGCAAGUUCGUCGUCUGAUGACGAAGCCUUUGAGCUUGCACCCAGCUCUCUUGCAGAAAAGAACUGCGUUUCUGACGCACAGACUCCAUCGUUGAGACCUAGGGUGGAAUUGGUUCGUCUUUCUAGUCUUGUCAAGUGUCCAUCGUCCACCAGCUUGAAUCGACCUCUGAGUUUUGCAACAGAGCAACUGCUACGUCAGACCAGUUGCGUGAGCACAGGCAGCCUCAAGUCCCUCAGUGAUGGAACUAAUGGUAGUUAUGCCAACAAGCCUCAUCCGCUGUCUCCCCUAGCAAAAACGGAGCCCCCAACAGGAUCGACACGCUGUGUUACCGAGGUGAAGAAGCUGCACCAUUCUUGGACAGUUUCAGGCAUGUCAGAAUUUCAAGACAGUGUUGACUUUCCUCCAGAUCAACCAAGUAUUCUCCCUAAGAUUUCAACUAAGGAUGCUCGCCUGAGGAGCUACUUGGUUGGAAACGUCAGUGGCAAGGGGUCACUGCUUGGUGAAGAAGAAUUAAAUCGUUACUUUCCAGACAGAAAGGUCAAUGUAUUUGUGGCUACAUGGAACAUGAAUGGAUUGGCAUCUCCUGCCAGCCUAGAUGACCUGCUGCUACCUAAAACAAUAGAAUAUGUCCCGGACAUAUAUGCUAUUGGGGUGCAAGAAGCUAUGAGUGACAAAAAGGAGUGGGAAACUAGACUUCAAUUCACACUGGGUCCUUCACAUGUUCUCUUCCACUCUGUCUCUUUGGGUGUCUUGAACCUCUCCAUCUUUUUGCGUCGAGAUCUGAUAUGGUUUUGCUCAGCUGCUGAAGAAGCAACAUAUGCCACACGUCCCGUUUCUUCUGUUAAGACCAAAGGAGCUGUCGCUAUCGCUUUCCAGUUUUUUGGGUCCUCAAUGUUGUUUCUCAACUCUCACCUUGCAGCGCAUGAAAAAAGAGUUAAGGAGCGUAUCCAAGACUAUGAAAAGAUCUGUCAUCAGAUUGACUUACCGAAACAAGCACAACUUAAGCUGCAGUACCAAAGCAAAGAUGUGACCGCAAGAUUUGACCAUGUAUUUUGGUGUGGCGAUCUUAAUUUUCGACUUGUGAAUGAGCGUUCCACUGUCGUUGGUUUACUGAAGGAUCACCACGAGAAUAAAGAAUCCACGUAUGAGAGUCUCCUGAAGUUUGAUCAGCUGAGAAGUGCUAUGCUGGAUGGUCAGGCAUUCUUUGGCUUUCAAGAAGGAAAGAUAAAAUUUGGACCUACUUACAAAUUUGAAGUUGGCUCAAGCCAGUUUGAUGGUGUAAAGCUUCGGGUGCCAUCAUAUACGGAUCGAAUACUUUAUAGAAGCAAGAGAAAAGGCCAUAUAGAGUGCAUUCUUUAUGACUCAAUUCCAUUAAUGCAAACCUCUGAUCAUCGACCAGUGUAUGGGCUGUAUGAAACGGUGAUUCGACCUGGAAGAGACAACACACGACUGUCGGCAGGCUUGUUCAACAGAGACAUCUAUUUAGAAGCUGUACGCAGGCGAGCUGCAGCUCUUGAAAUUCGACAGAGCCUUAAAGCCAGUCAAGUGUGUGUUGUAAUGUGAAAGCUUUUGAUGUGCUAUGCUACAAGUGUU